AGGAUACGACUUGUUGUCACUUCUUUCUAGAGUUAUAUGCUAUUUCAGCCGUGAUAUUCCUUAAUUUGCUUAUAGUCUUCAAACCGUUUUCAAAUAUAUUUGCUCGUGCAGAUUUGUUAAACCUUUUCGAUGUUCGAAUCUCUCAUGGUUGACUUGUUCGUUUGAUUAAAAUAAGUGUUACACAAUCGCUAUCCCGAUACAGACAAGAAGGUUGAAUAUGACAUUAAAAGGAGCAUUGAAUGGCAGCAGGUUUCCAGGAAGCACGCAGCAGUCCACAGUCCACACCAGCAGCCCCACGUGCCACUCUCACGUGACAUCCCUCCUCUUAUUUAUCUCCUCCAACCCACACUCUUCUAACUCCUCCACUUUCUUCCCAAAUGGCUCAUCAAUGGCUCCCCGAUUCCACCCUUGUCCCCGCCGCCACCACCCCGCCGCCCUCAUCCGAUGGGGUCCGUGUCGCCAAGCCCGUCCGGAAGCGCUCCAGAGCCUCUAGACGAACCCCAACCACUUUACUCAACACCGACGCUGCCAAUUUCCGAGCCAUGGUCCAGCAAUUCACUGGCGGCCCUUCCCAUACCCUCCACAAUUUCGCCGCAUUCGACCCAACUCCCGCCGCCUACCAUCUCCAACAACCGCCGUAUCUCUUCCCCUUCCAAAACCACCCUCCGCCGCACCAACCGCCCUUCAUGUUCUCCGCCGGUGAGGGGCUUUUUCACGAGGGGUCGAGGAGUAAUAAUAAUAGUAAUGUUGAUUACAUGGGGCUGUAUGAUGGGUCCUCCCUGACGGCUCAGAAUCAUCGCCCGGCGUAACUCCGGCACGGCGGCGGGAUU